CUUUGGAAGGCCCAUGAGGGACCACUUGGGUUGUCUUCCAUCACUUGGAUCAGGAUGCACUUUCUUCGUGUCUCUCUGCCUCGGGUAGCGCUCUGAGGGUCUUCCUUUCUACACGGCAGCAGCAAAGCCAGGCCCGCCAUGGGCGAGGUCAGCCAAGACUCCGUGGAGAAAUUUCUGGAGGAGAACCCCCGUUUUGCCAAGGAAUACUUCGACAAGAAGCUGAGGGCGGAGGCGCUGGGUGAAAUCUUCAAGAACAGCCAGGUGUCGCCAGUGCAGGCCAGCGUGUCCUUCCCCGAGCUGACCCAGGUGGAGGAGGCGGCCCUCUGCUUGGAGCUGCUGUGGGCGGUGCAAGAGGAGGUGGGGGAUCCUGAGCAGGGCGUCCACAGAGCCCUGAAGAGGGUGGCCCAGCUGCUGCAGGCCGAGCGCUGCAGCAUGUUCCUGUGUCGGGCCCGUAACGGCACGCCCGAGGUGGCCUCCAGGCUCCUGGACGUCACCCCCACCUCCAAGUUUGAGGACAACCUGGUGGCCCCUGACAAAGAAGUUGUGUUUCCGUUGGACAUCGGGAUAGUGGGUUGGACCGCUCACACGAAGCAAACCUUUAAUGUCCCCGAUGUGAAAAAGAACACCCAUUUUUCUGACUUCAUGGACAAGCAAACCGGGUAUGUGACCCGGAACCUGCUGGCAACCCCCGUCAUGAUGGGCAAGGAGGUUCUUGCUGUGAUUAUGGCGGUUAAUAAAGUGAAUGCACCCGAAUUUUCCAAACAUGAUGAAGAGGUCUUUUCCAAGUACCUCACCUUUGUUUCUGUCAUCCUGAAGCUUCAUCACACCAACUACCUGUAUAAUAUUGAAUCCCGGAGGAGCCAGAUCCUUAUGUGGUCAGCCAAUAAAGUCUUUGAAGAACUCACAGAUGUCGAGCGGCAGUUUCACAAAGCACUCUACACAGUUAGGACAUAUCUGAACUGCGAACGGUACUCCAUUGGACUGCUGGACAUGACCAAGGAGAAGGAAUUCUAUGACGAGUGGCCAAUCAAGCUGGGAGAAGUUGAGCCUUACAAGGGCCCGAAGACACCAGAUGGCAGGGAAGUCAACUUUUAUAAAAUCAUCGACUAUAUUUUACAUGGAAAAGAAGAGAUCAAAGUGAUCCCGACACCUCCUGCUGACCACUGGACGCUCGUUAGUGGGUUGCCAACCUACGUGGCUGAAAAUGGAUUUAUCUGUAACAUGCUGAACGCCCCUGCAGACGAGUACUUCACCUUCCAGAAAGGACCUGUAGAUGAAACUGGUUGGGUCAUUAAAAAUGUUUUGUCCCUGCCUAUUGUCAACAAGAAAGAAGACAUCGUGGGCGUAGCCACAUUUUACAACAGGAAGGAUGGAAAACCUUUUGACGAGCAUGAUGAACACAUCACUGAGACUCUCACACAAUUUCUUGGUUGGUCUCUUCUAAAUACGGACACCUAUGAAAAAAUGAAUAAGCUGGAAAAUAGAAAAGAUAUCGCUCAGGAAAUGCUCAUGAACCAGACCAAAGCCACUCCUGAAGAAAUUAAGUCUAUUUUGAAAUUUAAAGAGAAGUUAAAUGUCGAGACACUUGAAGACUGCAAUGAAAAACAACUUGUCACAAUUUUGAAAGAGGACCUGCCAGACCCACAGACAACCGAGCUGUACGAAUUCCGCUUCAGCGACUUCCCCGUCACCGAGCACGAGCUGAUUAAAUGUGGACUGCGGCUGUUUUUUGAAAUAAACGUGGUGGAGAAAUUCAAAGUGCCCGUAGAGGUUCUCACCAGAUGGAUGUACACGGUGAGGAAAGGGUACCGCGCUGUCACCUACCACAACUGGCGACACGGCUUCAACGUGGGCCAGACCAUGUUCACUCUGCUGAUGACAGGAAGACUAAAGAAAUACUACACAGACCUGGAAGCCUUUGCCAUGCUCGCUGCCGCUUUCUGUCAUGACAUUGACCACAGGGGCACCAAUAAUUUGUACCAGAUGAAGUCCACGUCUCCGUUGGCAAGGCUCCACGGGUCUUCUAUUCUGGAAAGGCACCACUUGGAGUAUAGUAAGACUCUCUUGCAGGAUGAGAGUUUAAACAUCUUUCAGAACCUCAAUAAGCGGCAGUUUGAAACAGUUAUUCAUUUGUUUGAGGUUGCGAUAAUAGCAACUGACCUGGCUUUAUAUUUCAAGAAGAGAACCAUGUUUCAAAAAAUUGUUGAUGCCUGUGAACAAAUGCAGACCGAAGACGAGGCCAUCAAAUAUGUAACUGUUGAUCCGACCAAAAAAGAGAUUAUCAUGGCAAUGAUGAUGACUGCUUGUGACUUGUCUGCCAUAACCAAGCCCUGGGAAGUACAAAGUCAGGUGGCACUUAUGGUUGCAAAUGAAUUUUGGGAACAAGGCGACCUGGAGAGAACAGUGCUGCAGCAGCAACCGAUCCCUAUGAUGGACAGAAACAAAAGAGAUGAACUACCUAAACUUCAAGUUGGAUUUAUUGAUUUUGUUUGCACUUUCGUUUAUAAGGAGUUCUCAAGAUUUCACAAGGAAAUCACACCUAUGCUGAGUGGGCUUCAGAACAACAGAGUCGAGUGGAAAUCCCUAGCUGACGAGUAUGACGAGAAGAUGAAGGUAACUGAAGAGGAGGCAAAAAAGCAAGAGAAAGGAGUCGAGAAAGCUGCUAACAAUCUUGGAGGUGGCGGUGAUGACAAAAAGUCCAAAACAUGUUUAAUGCUGUAAUAGACUCAAUUUCAAAUGUCAUUUUACCUUUGAAGAAAACCAGGAAACAUUCAAAAGAACUUCAGCAAAUUUCAUUCAGCAAGCCAUCAAGGAACGGUAAAAGGAUCUUCAGAAAAACUAUGCUGUGACUGUUAAGAAAUUUUAUAUCGCUAGCCUGAAAACCCUGAGGACAAAACAAAGUUCAGCAAAAGUGCAAAAUAAGACAAAAACAGGUACAUUUUGGGUACCAAUUUAUUUUAAAUUAAAAAAUAUGCAAACAAAUUAUUUUUUUUUUAAAGUUAUUAACUGUAUUUCUUUGCUCUGGCUGCCAUUACAAAGUACACAGACUGGGUGGCAUAACCAACAGAAAUUUGUUUUCCCACAGUUCUGGAAGGUAGAAGUUCAAGAUCAAAGAGUUGGCAGGGUGGUUUCUUUCAAGCCUUCUCUAGUUGGUUGAGGACGGUCUUCUCCCUGUGUCUUCGCAUGGCCGUCCCUGUGUCCAUGUCCCAAUCUCCUUUUCUUACAAGAACACCAAUGGUACUGGAUUAGGGCUCAAUCACGUGACCCCAUUUUGGUCUUAAUUAACUCCUACCGGUCUUAUCUCCAAAUAGAGUCACAUCCUGAGGUACUGAGGAUUAGGGACUUUGACAUAUGAAUUGGGGGCAGGGAGGACAAUCCAGCCACAGCAUUCAUAAUUCUGACUCGUUUCUCAAACCACUC